AAGCGAGGCGGCGGCCACUCGAGCGCAGCUGGGUCUCCUGACGGAGCAGAGACGAGCAGAAGGAGCUCAGGUGUGUCCCGUUUCCUCCUCCUCCUCCUCCUCUUCUUCCAAGGCGCGCGCGGCUGACACAGACACAGACACAGCCACCAUGGCGGACGCAGAAAAGUUCCUGUUCGGGGACCGCGGCGGGGUCAGCGACCCCCUGGCGCAGGCGGACUGGGCCACCAAGAAGCUGGUGUGGAUCCCCAGCGAGAAGCUGGGCUUCGAGGCCGGCUCCCUCAAAGAGGAGCAGGGCGACGAGUGCGUGGUGGAGCUGCUGGAUUCUGGGAAGAAGGUGAAGAUCAACAAGGACGACAUCCAGAAAAUGAAUCCCCCGAAGUUCAACAAGGUGGAGGACAUGGCGGAGCUCACCUGCCUGAACGAGGCUUCGGUCCUGCACAACCUGAAGGAGCGGUACUACUCCGGACUCAUCUACACGUACUCCGGUCUGUUCUGCGUGGUGAUCAACCCCUACAAGCACCUGCCCAUCUACGGCGAGGAGAUCGUCAACAUGUACAAGGGCAAGAAGAGGCACGAGAUGCCCCCCCACAUCUACGCCAUCACGGACACGGCGUACAGGAGCAUGAUGCAAGACCGCGAGGAUCAGUCCAUCCUCUGCACUGGAGAGUCGGGUGCAGGAAAAACCGAGAACACCAAGAAAGUCAUUCAGUAUCUCGCUCAUGUGGCCUCGUCCUUCAAGUCCAAGAAAGACCAGGGCAGCGCGGUCUUGUCACAUGGAGAACUGGAGAAGCAGCUGCUGCAGGCCAACCCCAUCCUGGAGAACUGGCAGUGGUGGAGGCUCUUCACUAAGGUGAAGCCUUUGCUGCAGGUGACGCGACAGGAGGAGGAAAUGGUUGCCAAGGAGGAGGAGCUGCUGAAGGUGAAGGAGCAACAGCUGGAGGCCGAGAAGAGGGUCAGAGAUUAUGAGUUAAAGCAGCAAGAGCUGACCGAGGAGAAGCUGGCUCUUCAGGAGCAACUUCGGGCCGAGACGCUGCUGUGCACCGAAGCGGAGGAGAUGAGAGCCCGUCUGGCCGCCAGGAAGCAGGAGCUGGAGGAGAUCCUGAGCGACCUGGAGUCUCGGCUGGAAGAGGAGGAGGAUAGGGUCGUUCAAAUGCAAACGGAGAAGAAAAAGAUGCAGCAGAACAUCAACGAACUGGAACAACAGCUGGACGAAGAGGAAGCAGCCAGACAGAAGCUUCAGGUGGAGAAGGUUACGACUGAUGCCAAGCUGAAGAAACUGGAGGAGGACAUCAUGGUGCUGGAAGACCAAAACGGCAAGCUGAACAAGGAGAAGAAGCUUCUGGAGGAGAGGAUCUCCGAGUUCACCUCCAACAUGACGGAGGAGGAGGAGAAGUCCAAAAGUCUGCAGAAGCUCAAGAACAAACAUGAAGCCAUGAUCACAGAACUGGAAGAUCGUCUGAGAAAAGAGGAGAAGAUGCGUCAGGAGCUGGAGAAGAACCGACGUAAGCUUGAGGGCGACUCGUCCGAGCUCCAUGACCAGAUUGCAGAACUGCAGGCCCAGAUCGACGAGCUCAGAGCUCAGCUGGCCAAGAAGGAGGAGGAGCUUCUGGCUGCACUUGCAAAGAUCGAGGAGGAAGCUGCAGCAAAGAACGCGGCCCAGAAGAAAAUCAGGGAGCUGGAAGCUCAGAACACUGAGCUCCAGGAGGACUUGGAGCUGGAGAAGCAGGCGCGCUCCAAGACGGAGAAACAGCGGCGAGACCUGGGGGAGGAGCUGGAAGCCCUGAGGGCCGAGCUGGAGAACAGUCAGGACACCUCUUUAGUCGUGACGCAGCUCAAGGACAAGCGAGAGAGUGAACUCAAUCAACUGAAGAAGACUCUGGAGGAGGAGGCGCACGCUCACGAGCAGCUGAUGGCUGACAUGAGACAAAAGCACAACCAAGUGUUUGAGGAGCUCAACGAGCAGCUGGAGCAGACCAAACGGAGCAAAGCGUCCGUGGAGAAGACCAAGCAGGCGCUGGAGAGCGAGCUGAACGAGCUGCAGAUCGAGCUGCAGUCGCUGACGCAGUCCAAAGGAGACUCUGAACACCGCCGCAAGAAGGCCGAGGCUCAGCUGCAGGAGCUGGAGAUCAAAUCCACCGAGAAUGAGCGGCAGAAGAAGGACCUUUCUGACAAGCUGACAAAGAUGCAGGCUGAGCUGGAGAACGUGAACGGUUUAUUGAGCACCAUAGAAACCAAUGCCAGCAAAACCAGCAAGGAGCUGAGCUCAGUCCAGUCCCAGCUGCAGGACACGCAGGAGCUGCUCCAGGAAGAGACCCGUCAGAAGCUGUCCCUCACCAGCCGCCUGAAACAGAUGGAGGAGCAGCAGAACGGCCUGAGGGAGACUCUGGAGGAGGAGGAAGAGGCCAAAAGAAACGUGGAGAAGCAGGUGGCCUCCCUUCAGGCCCAGCUGGCAGAUGCGAAGAAGAAAAUGGAAAGCGGAGCUUCGCAAGUUCAAGAGGCGGAGGAUGGCCGCAAGAAGCUCCAGCGAGAGGUGGAGAGCCUGGUGCAGCAGCUGGAGGAGAAGACGGCCGCCUACGACAAACUGGAGAAGACCAGGACCCGCCUGCAGCAGGAGCUGGACGAUCUGCUGGUGGACCAGGACCAGCUGAGGCAUGUUGUUAACAACCUGGAGAAGAAGCAGAAGAAGUUUGACCAGAUGUUGGCAGAGGAGAAAGCCAUUUCCAGUAAGUAUGCAGAGGACCUGAACCGGGCCGAGGCUGAAGCCAGAGAAAAGGAAACGCGAGCGCUCAACCUGAUGGGCGAGCUGGAGACCAUGACGGGACUCAGGGACGACUUGGAACGGGGCAACAAACUCCUCAAAGCAGAAAUGGAGGACUUGAUCUCUUCUACUUCCGGUUUCAACAAGAAUGUUCAUGAGCUGGAGAGGUCGAAGCGGGCCAUGGAGCAGCAGCUGGAGGAGAUGAAGCUUCAGGUGGAGGAGCUGGAAGACGAGCUGCAGCUGACCGAAGACGCUAAGCUGCGUCUGGAGGUCAACUUGCAGGCCAUGAAGGCGCAGUUGGACAGAGACCUCCAAGCCAAAGAGGAGCAGGGAGAGGAGCGGAGGAAGCAGCUGGUUAAGCAGGUGCGCGAGAUGGAAGUCGACCUGGAAGAGGAACGCCGACAGCGCAGUCAGGCGCUCACAUCCAAAAAGAAACUGGAGAUCGACCUUGCGGAUCUGGAAGCGCAGAUCGACCUCGCCAACAAGGGGCGUGACGACGCCCUGAAGCAGCUGAAGAAGCUCCAGGUCCUGCUGAAAGAACAAUCGAGGGAGCUGGAGGAUCUCCGUCUGUCCAGAGAUGAAGCCGUUAACACAGCUAAGGAGACGGAGAGGAAGCUCAAAGCUUCGGAGGCAGACUCUCUGCACCUCCAGGAGGAUCUGGCAACCGCAGACCGACUCAAGAAGCAACUUCAGCGGGAGAGAGACGAGCUGCAGGACGAAGUCAACGGCAGCAUCACCAAGAACUCUCUGCUGACCGAUGAGAAGAGGAGGCUGGAGGCUCGCAUCGUUCAGCUGGAGGAGGAGCUGGAAGAGGAGCACCUCAACGUGGAGAUGACCAACGAUCGCCUGAGAAGGUCCACACAGCAGAGCGACCAGCUGUCCGGAGAGCUGGCUACGGAGCGCAGCAACGCCCAGAGGCUGGAGGGAACUCGCACCCAACUGGAUCGCCAGAACAAGGAGCUGAAGCUGAAGCUGCAGGAGCUGGAGACAACCAUCAAGUCAAAGUACAAGUCCACCAUCUCCACCCUGGAGAGCAAAAACGCUGAGCUCCAGGAGCAGCUUGACAAGGAGUCUAGGGACGGUGCCCAAGCAAUCAAGAUGGCCAAGAAGACUGAGAAGAAGGUGAGGGAACUGAUGCUGCAGGUCGAAGAAGAGAGGCGCCAAGCUGAAAUGAAUAAGGACGAGGCAAUGAAGAACAACAGCAGGAUCAAUCAGCUGAAACGGGAGCUGGAGACUGCGGACGACGAAGCGUCGCGGGCCAACGCAAAAGUCAGAAAGCUGCAGAGGGAGCUGGACGACGCCAACGAGUCAUUGGACGCUGUGAACCGCGAAGUCAGCAGCCUGAGGAGCAAACUCAGACGCGGCGACCUCCCUCUGACAACGCGUCGGGGUUUGAAUCGCAGCGGCCUGGACAGCGACGACGAAGUGGACCUGACGGUCCAGGUGUCCGAGUCGGCAGCUGAGUGAGCGGCGGCGGGUCAGAACCAUGAGGGAGGAGUCCUUGGUGUCCACGAUGAACAUGCAGAUACAAUUCUAUAACCUUAGCAGUCCAUCAGUCUUUAUGCUCCAGCUUUUCUUAUCAACAACAUUUGGCUAAAUUCUUAAAGCUUCAAUCUCAUCUUAAUCCCAACGCAUGAAAUAUUUCUCUAUUUUUCUACUUGCUGGACUUCAUUUUAUCAAACAAGCUGUUGGAAUGUCAGUUUUCAUGCAGGUUGAUGUGCCGUCACGGAGACAAAAACCGCACCGUUAAACCUCUGCUGUGUUCUAACGAGGAUCUGAUAUUAUUAUGUCACGGUACCGUUUGGGUUCUUGGUUCUGUUAGUUAUUGGUGAGGGGUCACUGUUACUUUCUAAAGUAUGGGAUUUUCUAUCGGUGCAUUAAUCUAAAACCUCAGUCCACAUUUUAAUGUCUCACCACUGUAUUAGCAAAGUAGCUGCAUGUCAUUGAUGCCAAUGUUCUGAAAGUAUUCUUUAUUAAAUGCCUUUAAUACAAUAAACUAUCAAAAACUUCA